AUGGCGCCUCCUCCACCGCCACCACCGCCCCGCUCGACCAAGCCCGCCCCGCCCAAAGCCACCACGUCGGCUCCCUCGACCCCCUCGACGCCGCCCUCUCCCUCUCGCCCGGGCACCCCGUCCAGCACAGCCGGCGCACGCGCACCCAAGGCGCAGACGCUCGCGCUCCCCGCCCUCCUGCACGACCUCUCGACGCUCCUCUCGCACCCAACCCCGCUCCUCUCCGCCGACAAGUUCGCCCCGGCCCCACCGCCCGAGGACGCCUACGCGCCGCGCAAGCCUGCGCAGGACCCGCAACAGCGCGCGCAAGAGCUCCUCGCCGGCGUGCGCGCGGGCACGAUCGGCCCGGACGAGCAGCUCGCGCGCGAGGACGCUCCGCUGCUCGCCGACGCGUGGGUCGCCGCCAUGGACCGCGUCCUGAGCCGCGCAGAGACGCACGACGCGCAGCGGGCGGGCGAGGGCGUCGUUGACCGGGCGGACGAGGUCGAGCGGUGGGCGGGCGAGGUCGAGCGCGGGUUGGCGCAGGCGGCGUGAGGCGGUCGUCGAGCAGGACGAGGUCGCUGGACGACCCUCUCGUCAUGAGCUCGAGCCGAGACGUCCCACCUUCCCGCCGAGGUCGGGUGCGGCGGACGGAGCGCGGAACGGGCAGCAGAACGGCCGCAGGACGAGCGCUCAAGGCGCCUUCUCUCGGGCCCGGCGGCCAAGACGGCGCGCUGGUCGCGCCACUUUGUAGCCCGAGGAGUGCAACGUGUUUUGGCGGUCACUCAUC